GCCGGGAAGUUGGGGUGUUAUUAAGGUUAUGGCCUGUCGAAGAAAAUUAAUUUCUGCACAGUAAGAUGUACAUUUUGCAGUGGGUUUCAAGAAAAUAUCGAUUUAGUCCUUGCGUGAUUUACUCACCAUUCGUGCAUCGUCUUGAGAGUGACAAUCUCGUGGGUGUUUCAAACUUUGUGUCCACUGUGAUAACCGCCCAAGACUGGUGAACAUUAAACACGUUUUUCGUCAGAGUUUUGCACUGGUUUCUUUAUUAUUCACCGAAAAGACACGAUGAAGCCGCCAAUGCAUCGUAAGAAGAAAAUUGGGAAACCUCUGGAGCAAACUACCUUCCAUGGCACUUUGACAAAACCAGGAGGUGAAGAACUGGAUGGUUCGAGGUACCACAAGAUGAGGCCGCCAGUGAGUCGUAGGAAGAAAAUCGUGAAACCUCUGGAACAUGAUACCUUCCAUGGCACUCUGACAAAACCAGGAGAUGAAGAACUUGAUGGUUUGGUCGACGACGAAGAGCUCGGCGUCGCCGAAACCUACGCCGACUACAUGCCCUCCAAGCUCAAACUCGGCAAAAAACACCCCGACCCCGUCGUCGAAACCACGUCUCUCUCCUCCGUGGCCCCGGCGGACAUCUCCUACGAGCUCUCUCUCCCCGCCGCCACCAUCGACUCCGGCGCCCUUUCGGCCCUGCAACUCGAGAGCGUCACCUACGCCUGCCAGGCCCACGAGAACAUCCUUCCGGACGGCACCAGAGCCGGCUUUCUCGUCGGCGACGGCGCUGGCGUCGGCAAAGGACGCACCAUCGCCGGAGUGAUCUUCGAGAACUAUCUCAAAGGGCGCGUCAAGGCCAUCUGGGUGUCGGUUUCGACCGACCUGAAAUACGACGCCGAGCGCGACUUGAGCGACAUCGGGGCGGACUCGAUCGAGGUCCACCAGCUGAACAAGUUCAAGUACGGCACCAUCUCGACCUCGGCUCGGCCUGUCAGAGAAGGGGUUAUGUUCAGCACGUACUCGGCUCUGAUCGGGAAAAGCAACGUGAAUGGGGUGUGCAAGACGAGGUUGGAUCAACUGUUGGAGUGGUGCGGGAAGGAUUUCGACGGGGUUGUGGUGUUCGAUGAGUGUCACAGGGCUAAGAAUUUGUGUCCCGAAGGGGCGCUCAACCUCGACAAGAAGGAGACUAAGGAGAAGAAGAAGCCCACGAAGACGGGGUUGGCGGUUCUGGGGCUGCAGAUGAGCUUGCCCAAGGCGAGGGUGGUGUAUGCGUCGGCCACGGGGGCGUCGGAGCCCCGGAAUAUGGCGUACAUGGCGCGCUUGGGGCUGUGGGGGAAAGGCACUUCGUUUGCGACGUUCGACAAUUUUAUUGCGGCGGUGGAGAAGAGGGGGGUGGGGGCGAUGGAGAUCGUGGCCAUGGACAUGAAACUACGGGGUACGUACAUCGCACGACAAUUAAGCUUCCACGGUGUAACUUUUCGCAUCGAGGAAAUUCCUCUGACUAAAGAAUUCGAAGACGUCUACAACGCUAGCACGCAGGUGUGGGUAGAAGCCAUGGUGAAGUUUGAAGAAGCUAGUAGACUCAUUGUUAUGGACGGUGUACAGAAACAAAUCAUGUGGAGACUGUUCUGGUCCGCUCACCAGAGAUUUUUCAAAUAUUUGUGUAUAGCAGCGAAGGUUCGGCAGGCUGUAACGAUAGCCCACGAGGCUAUAGAAAGUGGAAAAUGCGUGGUGAUUGGUUUGCAGAGUACGGGAGAAGCCAGAACCUUGGAUCAGUUGGAGAAAGAUGACGGGGAGUUGAGCGAUUUCGUCUCCACGCCUAAAGCUGUGUUUGAAAAUUUAGUCGAAACACAAUUUCCUUCACUGGGUGGCAAAGAAAACCGAAAAUUAGAAAAACAUAAACUGCCAAAAAAUUUGUUUAAGUUGAAAAAAGACCCAGACGACGACGAAAAUCCGUCCAAAAUAUUAGGAAAACGCAAAGUGCGACAAAGUGCUCGCGUAACUGCAAAACGGAUGAAAAUUUCCAUGGAGAAAGAGAUUCCCCAAAAUCGGUCCAAAUACGUGCUUUCUGACGACGACAGCGAUGAAGAAAUAAACUCUCCAAACGAUAGCGAUUUCAGUGCCAACGAAAUUAGCGAAGGUGACAGCGGUUCUGACACCGACCUGUGGGAAGUUCGCGGGACGAAAUCGAAAGGAAAAACUACUGUGAAAGAGGAACCUCAGGACGACACCGAUUCCAAAUUAAUAAAGUUGGAAGAUAUAAAAACGGAAAAAGAGGAGCCGCAGGAAAAAACCUCUUACUUCAUGUCGUCCGUCAGAGACGUCGCCGCCAUGAAAGAAACCCUCUUGCAAGAAAUCGAACAUCUGGGCAAAAAACUUCCCCCGAACACCCUCGAUCAACUAAUUCACGAGCUCGGGGGAGCCCAAGUAGUCGCCGAAAUGACAGGUCGAAAGGGCCGCGUCGUGCACACGGAAAAUGGGGACGUCCAGUACGAAAGUCGCGCCGAAACGGGCGUCUCUCUAGAAGCCUUGAACAUGACCGAAAAACAACGAUUCAUGGACGGCGAGAAGAACAUAGCGAUUAUUUCUGAGGCGGCCUCGACUGGUAUUUCGUUGCAGAGUGACAGGAGGGUGAAGAACCAGAAGAGGAGGGUUCACAUUACGUUGGAGUUGCCGUGGUCGGCGGAUAGGGCGAUCCAGCAGUUCGGUAGGACGCAUCGUAGUAACCAGAUGAACGCUCCAGAGUACGUCUUUCUGAUUACGAAUUUAGCCGGAGAGAGACGAUUCGCGUCGAUCGUGGCCAAAAGACUGGAGAGUUUGGGCGCGCUGACCCAUGGCGACAGACGGGCGACCGAAACCAGAGACCUAAGCCAGUUUAAUUUUGACAAUAAAUAUGGGCGGGAAGCCCUACAAUUGACUUUGAACGCCGUAAAGGGCGACGAUUUCCCCCUGGUCCCUCCCCCGGCAGACUACCAAGGAGACUUUUUCAAAGAUGUGUAUAACGCGGCAGUCGGAAUUGGCCUACUGAAAGACAUCGAAAACAUGGGGUUACGGUUGACGUUCCAUCUCCCGAAACAGAACGUCAGCAUGGCCAAGUUCCUCAACCGAAUUCUCGGCCUGCCUGUGGACCUCCAAAACCGCCUCUUCCGCUACUUCACCGACACCCUCGACGCCAUAAUCUCGCGCGAGAAGCGCCUCGGCCGCUACGACGCCGGCAUCCAGGACCUGGGGACCGGCGGCGAAGUCGUCAAGCGCAUCCGCACCGUCACGUUCAUGCAAAAGCACGCCAUCGGCACCGCCCCCGUCGAGCUCCACACCUUCCACGUCGAGAGAGGCAUCUCCUGGUCGCAAGUCCUCGCCAAGAUCGCUAAAUUAGCGAAGAGCGACUACGCCUUCUACGUGUCGCGCUCGCUGCUGAACAACCACCACAGCGUGCGUCUGGUGGUGGCGGUGGAGCCCGCCGCCUCCAAAGAGACCGAGCGUAAAAGCGACCGGCUGUUCUUCGUCUACAAGCCGAACACGGGGUUGCAGUUCAAGAAGGAGAGGUUGGCGGACCUGGAGAUGAUGAAUAGGAAGGUGGGGGUUGAAGAGGCUGAGGUUAUCUGGAAAAACAUGUUUGAUGCGUUUUUGAAUACGUGUGCUCACGAGUAUUGGAAGGGGAGUUGCGCGACGAGGAAGGUGGGGUUCCAUUGCGAGGUGGGGAUGACGAGGAGGACGUAUUAUGUGCUGGCAGGGUCGGUGCUGGGGGUGUGGGGGAAGAUCGAGGAGGUUUUGAAGAAUCUGUAUUUUAGGAUGCAGGUGAUCAGGCUGAAGACGGAGGAUAAUCUCAAAGUUAUUGGUUUAUUCAUGCCCAGAAACUACGUGGAGCCUUUAAUUGAAGCCUUUUCAGAGAGUGCUGAAGAUGUUAACUACGCCCACUUUAUAGCUUAACUAUAUAUUGCCUAUAUAUUAUUAUAUUUUACACUUCAGACGUAAGUUCUAAAGCUUUUCUUUUUGUAGCUGCUGAGAGCUUUUCGUUUGUUUAAAUUUUUCGUAUCAUAAUAGUUCGUUGAUAUAUUUUACAGUCACUUUAUAAAGUUAACCAUAAAAAUCGAGUCAGUUGAUGUUGGUUGUUACCCUUAUAGUACAUGUAUCGUUUUGUUAAAAUAAAAAAUUCUAUAUUUUCGUAA